UCUCAGCUGACAAUCUCCUGUAGCCGGGCUAGGUUGAGGCGCGGGCUUUGUGGGUGAGUGAAACAUUCCUCCAUCGUCAUGGAACUGAGUAAGGGACAAGAGAGUGAGCCGGAGUCCUCUCCGAGGGAGCAGAGUAAGGAGAAUUCAGGUGGUACCCUGCACCUUAUGGACAUCGGCAGCAGACUGCCCAACAGGCCGAGCAAUCCUCCAAGCCGAGGCAGUGUGGACAACAAAGUAGUUGCUCGAAAGCAUAGCAAGGAUCAUCUUAAGAAGGAACAAUCAGAACUUUGCACAGUUAUACAAUCUGUCAGCAGUUCCUCUGAGGAAUCAGGUGAAGAACUGUCUGAUGGUGAGAUGCAGACUGAUCAAAGAGAUAUGGAUCUGAUUGAAGGUACAAAUACCUAUGAUGCUACAGGGAAGGCGCAGUAUAAACAGGCAUGUGAAAUGUAUGGAGUAGUACCAAUCUCCUAUUUUUUGCGGAAUAUGAACAGUUCGGAGCUGUCUCUAAUGCAUUAUGGACUUGGACCAAAGGGGGCCAAAGCAAUUUCCGUUUCUCUGAUAACCAACACCUCAGUCAUAAAGUUGAAUUUGAAGGAUAACUGGCUGGAGGCUGCAGGCACCAAAGCAAUUGCAGAGAUGCUGAAGGAGAACUGUUACAUUGCAGAUAUUGACUUGUCCGAUAACCAACUGGGAAUUGAGGGAGCCAAAGCAAUCAGCACCAUGCUGAUGGAGAAUACAGUUUUGAUAAAGAUUGUUCUUUCUGGAAACUGUUUUGAUGAUCAUGCUGCCCAAUACCUGGCUGAAGCUAUAAGCAGCCCACUCAAAUUGCAAAUCUUAAACUUGAGCCACAAUAGGAUCAGCAAUACUCAAGGAAACAAGCUAGGAAAUGCUAUUGCAGAAAAUACUGGUCUGAAGGAACUAAACUUAAGUUGGAACCACCUACGAGGCAAGGGAUGCAUUGGAAUAACAGAAGGCCUCAGGGAUAAUAUUUUUCUGAGAGUACUGGAUUUGUCCUAUAAUGGAUUUGGGAAUGAGGGAGCCAAAGCUCUUGGUGAAGCACUUAAAGUUAACAAUGUGCUUGAGCAUCUGAAUAUCAGUAAUAACCGUAUUUCUGCAGAAGGAGCUGUGUUGUUAUCUUUGGGAUUAAAAGUUAAUAUCACUCUAAUUGGGCUUAAUAUGUCCCUGAAUCCUAUGCGGAGUGCUGGAUGCUAUGGGAUAUUGAAGGCUAUAAAAGAAAAUCCCAAAAGUGCCGUAAAGUCAUUGGAUUUCUCUGAUAUCAGAGUUGAUAAUGAUUUUGGGGACUUGUUCAAUAGCAUGAAAGAACAGGCUCCAGAUCUGAAAAUAAAACAUGAGAGGAAUCUUGAUCAGUUCAAAAUACCAAGGUCCAAGGUCGAUCCCCUGACAAGACUGAAGGAAUACAUGAAGGAGAAUCAGCUGAAGUUGGAGCAUUUCUUGGACGCUUUUGAAUUAGAGGAGAACAGGCGUAUCAGACUCCAUAAGUUCCACGAGGGAUUGAAGAUUGCUAGAGUCCCUUUAAAUGAUAUUGAACAGCAAAAGCUGAUGGAUUUAUUGGAUAAUGAAAAGGAUGGCGAAAUUGACUUCAGAUACGUUUGAAAUAUCAGAGCCAAGCAGAGAUCAUAGAGAAAACUCAUACUUUCACAGUAAGGACGUGGAAACUGCAAAUGUAAUGCACCCAAACUUGGACUUGAACCUGGGUCUCCAGUGUUGUGGAGCUCUAUUCAUUGCACCUUUCUCAUUGUAUGGAAUUAUCUAAUUUUUUUUAGUCUUACCAGAGCAGAAAUCUUGAUCGUAGCUAUAUCUUCUUUUACAAUGUGUUUGUAAAGCCCUAGCAAUGUUCUUCAUAAAUUAAUUUCACAUUUUCCAGAAUUAAUUUCAGCCUGACUUUGUUUUUGUGACCUACUGCUACAGUAUUCAUUCUGAUAUUAUUGCUAGAUACUGUCUGUAUUGUUGGUGUUGUGAAAAUUUUUUGAGAGAUUACCUGUGUGGUAAAAACCAAUUUACCUUUGCCAUCAUAAAACAGUCCUGUAAGUGCUCCUGUGCUUCCCUUGUCCAAACCUUCUUGGUCCUCACUGCUGGUGCUGCAAUCUUCAGUCUUUGCCUAUACUCUGGGAGUAGAGGUACAGCCAGGUGAUCAGAUGUCCUAAAGUGAGGGCGCAGGAUAGUGUGGUGGGCAUUCUUGAUGGUGUAACAAUGGUCCAGUGUGUUGUUUCCUCGGGUAUUGCAAGUGAUCUGUGAAUGGUAAUUGCUUAGUGAUUUUUUUCAAAUGUUAAAAUCUCCCAAAUCUCCCUUAAAAUCUCCCUUGUUAAAAUCUCCCAAAGCGAUGGUGAAGUUAUUAGGGUGCACUGCUUCAUGCAUGUUGAUCCCAUUGCUCAGAUCAUUUACAGCCUGAUUGACAUUGGCCUGAGGUGGAAGGUAUACCACUACCAAAUGGUCCCAGAAAACUCUCACAGUAGGUAAAAAGAACGACACUUAACUGCUAGAUAUGCAGAAUUGGGACAACACUGAUAUAUUUGUGCAUGAAGAAGAGUUGAUCAUGAGGCAUACUCCUCCACCUCUGCUUCUGAGAGACUCUUUAGAUCUAUCCUGACGGUAUAUAGUAAACCCAUCGAUCUGGAUCACUGCAUCCGUUACAGAAGAUGUUAAGCAGGAUUCCGUGAAACAAAUGACACAUGCCUCUGAUGUUCUGAUUCAGCACCCUGGGUCUGAGAUCAUCGAUUUCAUUUUGCAGCACAGUUGAGAGCUGUGAUAUGUUGGUGCUACCCAUCAUAUGGCGCUCAAUGGAAAAACAUUGAGAAGUGGGUACUUCCCAUCCCCAUACAAGCAAUUUUGGCUGAUAACAACCUGCAAAGGUACAUAAAUACUAUUGAUAACCCAUAGGUGAAAUUGACUCUUAAAAUAUGGAAAACUACUAUAAAAGAAUAUAAUCUAGAGGGAAAUAGUACAAUUCUUAAAUGGUGUACAUAGACUCGGAUUUUACACUGAAUAAACUGGAUGCUAGAUUUAAGGACUGGACAGCUAAAGGAAUAACAGUUCCUUACAACAUAAUGAAAGAAGGAACACUGUUCAGUUUUGAAAUGCUUAAAGAGAAGCACUUAUUAGAAAAACAAGAUUUUUAUUGGUAUUUACAGAUGCAACAGUAUGUUAACAGGACAGUUAAAAAUGUAACCAAGGCAAGUACAUGCUUGAUAGAGCUAUUUAGAAAAACAUAUAAUUCAGAUAACGGUAUUAGAAUCAUUUCAAGCAUGUAUAAGGGGUUGUCAAAUCUUAAAACACAUUCGACUUCAUACAUUAAAACAAAAUGGGAGAAGGGAGGAGGAAUAAUUAUAUCUGAGGAAGAUGGACAAUAAUAUGGAGGUAUCAAUGGAAGUGUACCAGUUCACAGUAAUGGAGGGAGUUCAGAUGGAAAAACUUGAUAAGAUAUUUUAUUACACCCUCUCAGAAAUCCCAUUAUGAUAGUAACCUCCCUGUUUGCUGGAGAAACUGUGGAAAUCAAAAUGUAAAUCAUUAUCAUAUUUUUUGGGACUGCCCUGUUAUCAAAGACUUUUGGAGGGGGAUACACAAUGCCCUACAAGACAUCUUUAAAUGUGAAAUACCCUUAGAGAGUAAGACCACUGAUUUUGGGUAUAUACCUCAAGAAUGGUUGAAAAGAGAUAAAUAUUUAAUGAAUAUACUGUUGCUGGCUGGUAAGAAGACUCUUACUAGGAAAUGGUUAUCUCAGGAGAGCCCAAUUUUAAAUGCAUGGAUGGAAAUUACAAUGGACAUUUACAAAAUGGAGAAGAUUAACAGCAUCCGUUAAUCAUAAGCUGGAACAAUUUGAUGCAUACUGAGAAAAAUGGUUUAACUACAUAAUGCCUCAUAGGCCUGAAUUUAUUCUCACAAAUCAAUGAAUAUGUUGUUAAAAAAAGGAUCACUCCCUACUUGUACAUAGUUUUUUCCUUUUGCUUGUUUUUUCUUUCCACUCUUUUCUGUAAGUGUAUACCUCAGAUAACUCCUAUGUGGAGAUUUGUGACAUAUAUGAUAUAUAUGUACAAUGUCUGAAAUACAUCUUAUGGAAAUGUUUGUUUGAUGAUGAACUUCAAUAAAAAAAUAAUAAAUUACAAAAAAAUGGAAAUGGACCUGGUCAGGCGUCAGUUCUCUCAGUGGGAGAGCAUUUUGGAGAUAGUGAUCAUAUUCUAUCUCCUUUACAAUAGUGUUGGAGAGAGAUAGGAACAGACAAGUUAGAAAAGUGUUUAAUUGGAGUAAGGGGAAUUAUGAGACUAUCAGGCAGAAACUUGGAAGCUUAAAUUGGGAACAGAUCUUCUCAGGGAAAGGUAUGGAAGAAAUGUGGCAAAAGUUCAGGGGAUAUUUGUGUGAAGUUCUGCAUAGGUAUGUUCCAAUGAGACAGGGAAGUUAUGGUAGGGUACAGGAACCGUGGUGUACAAAGGCUGUAGUAAAUCUAGUCAAGAAGAAAAGAAAAGCUUUCAAAAGGUUCAGAGAGCUAGGUAAUGUUAGAAAUCUAGAAGAUUAUAAGGCUAACAGGAAGGAGCUUAAGUGGGAAAUUAGGAGAGCCAGAAGGGGCUAUGAGAAGGCUUUGGCAGGCAGGAUUAAGGAAAACCCCAAGGCAUUCUACAAGUAUGUGAAGAGCAAGAGGAUGAGAUGUGAAAGAAUAGGACCUAUCAGUGGACUGAAAAGCUUGAGCAUGUAGCUAUUAAGAAAGAGGAUGUGCUGGAGCUUCUGGAAAGCAUCAAGUUGGAUAAGACCAUAUGAGAUGUACUCCAGGGUACUGUGGGAGGUGAGGGAGGAGAUUGCUGAGCCUCUGAUGAUAAUCUUUGCAUCAUCAAUGGGGACUGGAGAGGUUCUGGAGGAUUGGAGGGUUGCGAACGUUGUUCCUUUAUUCAAGAAAUGGAGUAGAGAUAGCCCAGGA